AUGUCCUCAUCAGCAACGAAGGAACAAGAGGGUGAGACCGUCUCUGAUCCUUUAGAUGCGGAUUAUGUCCUCUGGGAUCCUCGAGAUAAUGCCUCCAAACCUCAGGUAGAAGAUGGAACCCCCGUUGUGUGUUUCACGUUCAUUCCUGCAUGUAUUCAAGCCCGUGAGCUACUCGAUACGACGAACCUAGAUGUCUACCCCGUUUUCCUCUCCGGGAAUGAAAACGCAAAAGGAUAUAUGCGUGGCUUCAUACCGCUUGAAUUUUUCAUACACCAGACGAUCCCGCGGGGUGAUGUGAGAGAAUUAUUAAAAUUUGACAUAGCGAAAUAUGGAGGUGUAGUCACUCGUGUUGACUCAGACGCCGAUCUGAUUCUUGUCGGCGACGAACCUGGGAAUGACAUCGAGCAAUACUAUCGACUCGCUAAAGGCGAAGUUCAGGGCAUAUCAUGGUUCCGUGACUGUAUCCGGAAAAAACGCGCAAAGCUUUCUUCAUACAGAGUAACCAGGGUGCCUGGCCGACGACCAGGGCAAGAGACUCGCCCUUUCACUCGAGAGGACAUGACGAAUCUAGUACGAUACGCAGCACGAAUGGCCCCCAAAAAAUCGAGCCAAAGACGGCCCGGGUCACGAGCCGGAUACUUGCUCUACGAGAACCUCUACAGAAACCUUGACAUCUAUCCGUGGGCCAAAAAUCACACAGUGCAAUCUUGGAACAACCAUUACAAGAAGCACAUGGAGUUUUAUGAUAGGCAAAUCGACCGCUAUAAAGAGAAACAUGGCAUCUCAAGUGGGGAUGAUGAAUUUGAGGAUCUGGACUUUCACAGCGAGGGGUCGGUUUCUCCCCAGCGUCACGAGCUUCCCAAACGUCGGCUCCCACGACGCGAAUCUCCCCCUGAUAUUCCAGAGGGCUCUGGAAAUGGCAGUAGACGCAGCAGGGCCACCUCUGAAGACGAUAGCGAUGGGGAAUAUCGGCCACGGCCAAAACCCAGGAAAAUCGCCCGCACCCCUGCGAUUCAUCAUAUCUCCCACAUAGCUGGGAUCAGUGGUUCGUCUGCGGAGGAAAGGUCAGACAGCGCCCAGUCACUUAGGCGGCCUACAGUGCGAGAGCUGCGCCCGGGGCGGAAUUUAAGUGCCCAUUCGGCGGACUCCCCCCGAGGCGAAGUUCCACGAUCUGAGAGUCAUUCUCGUGAUGCAGACGAGUCAAAUAGCAGCGAGAGCGGAUUCGGCCGUAUCAGAGAAGGGGAUCCAGAAAAUCAGGCGGAGUGGGCCAAGCGGCCGCGCAAACUUCAGGAAAGUCCAGACGGUGAUGGAAACAGUGCUGCUGCUAACGAGUCGACACAAGAGGUAGAAGAAGACCUCCGAGGAGGGGAGGAAGAAUCGAGCGCGGAGGUUGAGCCUCCUCCCAAGAACAAAGGGUCACGCGUUCCGGGGCCCGUGUCCAAGCUGGACGCCGAGUUACCCGGCAGAGGGGACGUUGACGACUUCCAUUCUGUGUCACUUUACUCCUACACCUCGUUUUUAUACGGCAGUAGCUUAGCGUAUGUGGAGACAAUUCGAUUACACGCCCAGACUUAUCCAUCAUCAGUCCUCCAGGAUCUCUAUCAGAAGAACCGAGAAGCAAACAACUUCCCUCGUGUGGUGGUACACCACUUUGCGUCGGUCUUCGCUUCUGAUGCGGACAUCCAACAAAUUCCCAAUCUAACCACGGCCAAAGGUUGCCUCGAUAGCCUUCUAUCCGAGAAAAGGCCUCUAGUACGUUUUCGUGCUAUGGUGCAAUCGACUGGAACAGAAGUAUAUUGCAAAGAGCUCCCUGCCCGGCAGCUCGGUGGCUGGGGACUUGCAGAAGAAUGUGGAGACCGAGUGGAUGACGAUCCAACUUCACACGCCUAUGAGCAUUUCCUCGAUGAUCGGACGACCCUUUGGGCAGUAUCUGUUCCUGGUGAAUCGGCCUGGGCAUCCGGUACAGCGGUUGGAUCAGAAGAAGAAACGCUGAGUCAAACAAGUGCUCAAUCCAAGAAGAAUCCUUUUCCUUCCCAAGCACACCUUGGAGUCAACGUCAAACUUUAUGGAUCGGAGGCAGAAUCCUUAAAACUGACUGAUGUUGUGACGUUUGUUGGCAUCCUUGUAAACGCACCGAUACUCAAUGUUAACGAAGAAGAGAUUGAGGUGCCGACUUUGCAUACCGUGUUUCACCGUUCUCCGGAUGAGAGCAGACUGCCCUUCAAAUUCCCUAUGGAUAUGCUUGUGUUGGGCGCCCCAAAUGACAUAAUUCAAAAUCUCACACUGGGCCCACUCCAUGCUCUACGUUCCGAACUUAUCGCCUGGAUUGCCGCGGAGGGCCUUGGCGGAGACACCACCGUCGCCGAGUGGAUCUUGAUGGCGUGCAUAAGUCGUACAAUCUCGAGAACCACCCAUACUUCCCCUUUCCUUGACUAUCUCCUCUUUUCCUCCCCGCCCCCUAUUCCGAACACCUCACCUACAAGGGUGAUUCUCGAGCCAACGAUCAAGCACGUUCUACAGCUGUUGCUUCCUGCCCUAGUCCAUUUGCCCCUCUCUAUCUCCUUCAUGAACGAAUCCCGCUUCCAACCACAAAGCGUGGACGAGGAGUUGCUUAGUGGGUGUCUCCAGCUUCCCGCUGGGACUGUGGUCCUUGUUUCGGACAGCGCUGUCUCUGAAGGGACGCUUCACGAGACCGGAGUGCGAAAUGUGGCAGCACUCAAACAAUGCGUCAGGAAUCAGACGCUGGAUUAUAUUUUCCCUUAUAGUUCGUUCCCUUUCCAAACGGAUUUGGAGUUCAUAGCUCUAGCACAGGGACGAACAUCACCUUUCGUCGAGACCGAUGUUUACGUGCCAUUGAGACCUGGGGAGGGCGUUUCGGUGCUGUAUAAAGACGCUGCGCAGGUACAGAAACCACCAGCGGAGAAAUUGAAACACUUUAGGGAUUUGCUCGGAGGCGCCAAGCAAGGCAAAGUCCAAAUCAGUGAAGAGAUAUCGCAAUUCAUUCAGCAAGACUAUGUUCGGGGGCGUCAAUCAUCCCCUUCUCCUGUCACGUCCGAUGAUCUCAUACUUCGGAUGUCAUUGGCAAGGUUGAUGUCUCUAUCCUUUCAUUCCCCAGAACUUACCAAGGACAUUUGGGCGAUCACGAAAAAACUGGACGAUUCAAGGAAGGAAUUACUGAGAGCAACGGCGCCGGGGGUUGAUCAAAGAGGACCAAUCUGA